AUGGACGACUUAUUGCUCGCUGUUAAAAGAAACGUCGGCUUUAUAGACACGGCUGGCAUAAAGGACGGGGCCGGUAAGGUCGUGCCCUUCACGCGCAUGCCCAAUGGGAGGCUGUUCCCGCCUUUUGGUGAGGAGUACAUCAGCAACAUCGGGACAACCAAGCUUCGAGCAGACGAUAUACUUGUGUGUGGCUACCCUAAAACUGGCUGUCACUGGACAUGGGAGAUAAUGGUGAUGAUAGUAAAGGGCAAGGCCGAGUACUCCGAAAUAGGAAAAGAGGUCACGAUGUUGGAAUUUGCUAGCCCAGAAGUCAUCGAAUCCACGCCCUCGCCUCGUAUUCUCAACACGCAUGCGUGGUUUGAAGAGUUGCCGGGUGCUAUAAAGACAUUGAAGAAUAAAAUAGUUUUCACGACCAGAAACCCCAAAGACGUUGCCGUGUCACACUACAACCACCACGUCAGGAUGAAGAACAUCUACUGUGGAUACGAUGGUCAGUUCAAGGACUGGAUACCCCUGUGGAUUAAAGGAACAAUUGAUUACGGAAGUUUUGUCGAGUUUCACCAAAAAUGGGACCACGCGAUUCGGGAAUUCCCAGACCACCCCAUACUGUUCUUGAACUACGAGGAAAUGAAAAAGGACCUAGAGGGCGCUGUACGUCGUCUGGCCACAUUCCUGGAAGUUGAUUUAACGGAGGAACAAAUCCAGGACAUCACAAGAGCCGCUGAGUUUGAUUUCAUGAAGGCCAAGUUCAAGGGCACUCCGUGUGAGCUACUCAUCAGAAAAGGUGAAGUAGGUGAUUGGAAAAACUGGUUUACUGACGUCAUGAGUGAAGAGGUGGACAAGUGGAAACCUGAGCUGGACAAGACAAGGUUCACGUUUACAUACACGUAGAGAUGGUAUUGAAUAAGAACCA